CCCGCUCCAGCCGGCCGAGUAGUGGAUAUGGCGGGUUCUCGGCUCCCACGACAGCUCUUCCUCCAGGGCGUGGCCACCGUCUUCAUGUUCGCCUUUUCUUCCCUCUACACGCAGAUUCCGGGCCUCUAUGGCCCAGAGGGCAUCCUACCUGCGCGGAGGACGCUGCGGCCUCAGGGCAAGGGGCGCUGGCAGCAACUAUGGGAGACACCGACGCUACUGUGGGAAGCCCCAAGGCUGGGGCUGGACACCGCUCAGGGCCUGGAGCUGCUGAGCCUGCUGGGCGUGCUGCUGGCACUGGGUGCCCUGCUGGCGCGCCCGCUGCGCCAUCCACUCGUCUACCUGCUGCUCUGGGCUUUCUACCUCUCUGCCUGCCAGGUGGGCCAGGUGUUCCUUUACUUCCAAUGGGAUUCCCUGCUGCUGGAGACUGGCUUCCUGGCUGUGCUGGUGGCCCCACUGAGGCAGUCCCUCCAAGGGAAGCAGGUCCUACAGGGUGGGCCAGCAGAGGCCUCACCCCAUGAAGCCCUCCCCUUCUGGCUCGUGCGCUGGCUGCUGUUCCGCCUCAUGUUCGCCUCAGGCGUGGUCAAGCUGACCAGCCGCUGCCCCGCGUGGUGGGGGCUCACUGCCCUCACCUACCAUUACGAGACACAGUGUCUGCCCACACCCGCUGCCUGGUUGGCCCACCACCUGCCUGUCUGGCUGCACAAGCUCAGCGUAGUAGCCACCUUCCUCAUUGAGAUUGCCAUGCCCCCUCUCUUCUUUGCCCCCAUUCGCGGUCUACGCUUGGCUGCCUUUUACUCACAGGUGCUGCUUCAAGUCCUCAUUGUAAUUACUGGCAACUACAACUUUUUCAACCUGCUGACACUGGUCCUCACUACUGCCCUUCUGGAUGACCACCACUUGGCUGCCCAGCCUGCCCAUGGCCACCACAAGAAGAUGUCCAUCUCCUGGCCCAAGACCCUGCUGGCCUCGCUGUCCCUGCUGCUGGAACUGGCCGUCUUCGGUCUGCUGGCCUGUGGCACUGUGUACUGCUUUGGUCUGGAGAUCGACUGGCAGCAACGUACCAUCCACUCCAGAACCACCUUCACCUUCCACCAGUUCUCCCAGUGGUUAAAGACAGUGACGAUGCCCACCAUGUGGCUGGGUGUGGCCUCCCUCACCUGGGAGCUGCUGGCUGCCCUCUGGAGGUGGACCCAAGUGCGGGGGUGGCUGCAGAAGCUCAGUGCUACAGUCCAGUUGUCCAUCUUUGGCACUGCCACGGUGUCCUUGUUCGUGAUCAGCCUGGUGCCAUACUCCUACAUGGAGCCAGAGACCCAUGGGCGCCUCUGGCCUAGGGCCCACCGCCUGUUUAGUGCCGUGGAACACCUGCAGCUGGCCAACUCAUACGGCCUCUUCCGUCGGAUGACCGGUCUGGGUGGGCGGCCUGAAGUGGUGCUGGAAGGCAGCUAUGAUGGGCAGCACUGGACAGAGAUUGAGUUCAUGUACAAGCCUGGGAAUGUGAGUCGGGCACCCCCAGUUGUGGUGCCACACCAGCCCCGCCUCGACUGGCAGAUGUGGUUUGCAGCCCUGGGCCCUCACACACAUAGCCCUUGGUUCACCAGCCUGGUCUUGCGCCUGCUGCAGGGCAAAGAGCCAGUGAUCCGCCUCCUCCAGAGCCACCUGGCCAGCUACCCUUUCCAUGAGCAGCCACCCACCUACAUUCGGGCCCAGCGCUACAAGUACUGGUUCUCCCAGCCUGGGGAGCAGGGCCGGUGGUGGCGGCGACAGUGGGUGGAGGAAUUUUUCCCACCUGUAUCACUGGGGGACCCGACGCUGGAGACGCUGCUCAAGCAGUUUGGGCUACAGGACAAAAGCCCACCCCAGGUCCGCAGCUCCAGAAGCACCUUGGCUCAGGUCCUCCUCUGGGUGAGGACUCAGCUCUCACCCCUGGAGGCUCCCACCCUGCUCUGGGGGCUCCUUGUGGCUGUGGGGACUGUCCGAAGUGUGCAAGCCCUGCUGACUCCCUGGUCUCUCCAGUCCUCCCCACCAACUAGGGGUGAGAAGCAUAGGCUAGCCCCCAAGAAGGACUUGAGGGCUGCCUGUGAACAGGCAACCCCAGCCCCCAACAGCUGCAACAGCGGUUCCCGGACCCCCCGGCGGAAAAAAUAGCUGUGUUUUGUCAGCCACGUGUCCCCAGGGAGUUAGGGUGGGUCCCCAGCACAGCCCUGGUCUCCUGUGACAGGACAGGCUCAGCCACUGUGCCUUAGCCAAUUCUGCCAGGCUAGAUGGAGGUUGGGAUGCUGCCCAUGGAAGAUUAUUAGGUGCUGCUUUGAGGGCCCAUUUGUCCCCCCAUACCAGGACCCCCAUCACUGCCUCCACAAAUGGCCCUAAAGGUGAACAUGUGACCCAGCUCAGGACCUACCCCAGGCUCUUAUACUGGGCCAUCAACUUUGAGUCUGGAGCCCCAGCCCCUACACUGGAAGAGGCAAGGCUGACCCAUUGAAGAGGGAGAAAGGCAGUCACCUCCCACAUCCUCUCCAUACCAGCCCAUCCUGCCCUUCACACACGUGUACCAAUAAAGGCAUCUUCCAUGCUUGGC